UGGGUAAAUAUCGCAGAGUUAUAGUAGCGGUGUCGUUGAUGCGAGACGCAUAUUAUUCAAGUCAGCUAAUAAAGUAAAAAAAAGCACCGAAGUGACAGUAUUUGACAACAUAUUCGGUUGGUGUGUCUCAGCGAAGAUUAGAUUGUCAGUGUGUAAUGUGCACAGUUGAGUGAACCAAAAGAUAGAGAAGUGACACAUUGUGGAAAACCCAGUUCCUUGCAUUUUGUAUCGCGAGCGCCACUCUUUUCUAGCUGCUGAGCCUGAAAAUUCAUUAUGAAAGUUUUUCUGAUUUAUGUGCUUUCGGCGGGCAUUUUGUUAUACGGCUGCAACUCGUGCAAAAUGCAUGGUGCAAGCAAUACGAUCGUCCAUGCUGACGCCUACGAACUCCGAUUCGAUGAAAUUUUUCAACAAUACUGGCAAAACAACCGAAUCAUCACCGAUGAAUUGAGAAACAUUCUCAAAACACCAAAGCAACCCAAUUUACAAUUGCACGGACUACCAGAUUGCAUCGCUCCGCAAACUUGCCUCACUUGCCGUGCAUUCUCAUUUUCGUUGCUAAAUUAUUACCGAAAUCAUUCCGAUCAAGAUCUAGAUGAAUAUUUAUUCGAUUUAUGCACGAUACUAGCGGAUAUACUAGGGUUCGAGUGCCGCGGCAUGAUAAAUAUUUAUUUGCCGUCCAUUAAGUAUAUUUUGAAGCAUAGCGCAAAUGAAUUGUCAUCAGAUCGGAUUUGCGGCAUCUUAUUCCAGCACAAUGAAUGUACGACGUCAAAAAAUUUGAUUGAUUUCAGCAUUCGACCGGCUCAUGAGCCGGUACUCAAGGCUCCGAAGAGGUAUAAUUUCCCUGAGUAUGGCAUGAAUUCUAGUUGGUUCUUAACCAUCGCUCACUUGAGCGAUUUCCACUACGAUCCAAAUUAUGCCGCCGGCAGCAGUUCAGAUUGCCAGGAAUUUAUUUGCUGUCGCAACACAAGCAUUGCCAAAGAAAAUUCAACACUUAAAGCCGGUUACUGGGGAGACUAUGAAGUAUGCGAUUCACCCGGUUAUCUAGCUGAAAACAUUUGCAACGAAGUAGCAGCUAAACACAAGAACAUCGAUUUAAUUUAUUAUACCGGCGAUUUUACCGAUCAUUUUAGUUGGUCGACUACGAAGUCGAGCGUAGAACACUCCAUCAAAUUUAUAACGCAACAAAUUAAAGAAAAGUUUCCAAAUAUACCCGUGGUUAUGGUGAUAGGCAAUCAUGACCUUCAUCCAAGUGAUGCAUUUGCGCCCGACUCAACGGGAGAUGAGCUGAAUUCAAAGUGGUUAUACGAAAUUGCGGCAGAUUUAUGGUCUGAUUGGCUGCCUGAAUCGGCUUUGGCAACGCUUCGUCAUGGUGGCUAUUAUACGUUCGUAUCGCGGCCGGGUUUCCGUAUAAUUGUGCUCAAUAACAAUCUAUGCUUCGUCCAUAAUAUAUGGCUUUUGUACGGUGCCGAAGAAAUGAUUGCGCAAUUGGAAUGGUUACGCGAUACGUUGAGUUUGGCUGAAACGGUUGGUGAAAAAGUGCAUAUCCUCGGUCACAUUCCACCCAAUACAGCAAGCUGCAUACGAGCAUGGAAUCGCGAAUACGAUUCGUUGGUUCGACAGUUUGCCCAUAUAAUCAGUGGUCAGUUUACUGGUCACACACACAGCGAUGAAUUCGUACUGCUAUAUUCAACGGACGAUGUGCCUGUACCAUUAAAUGUUGCUUGGGGUGGCGGUAGUGGCACCUCAUUUGUCGGAUUAAAUUCAAAUUAUCGUUUGUACACCAUCGAAAGUGACACAUUCGAAGUUGUCGAUCAGGAAACGUACAUCUUUAAUCUGACUGAGGCGAAUCUGGCACCAGUCGGCCAACCACCAAAAUGGUUUAAAGAGUAUUCGUUUCGCGAUGCAUUUGGUGUCAAUGAUUUGAGCCCAUUUUCGCUGAGUAAACUGGUCAACGGCACUUUUCGACAUGAUCGACGCCUUCUGCAUAAGUAUUGCAGUUAUAAAUACAAAUCGGCCGAUUCAAAGGUGGAAACCGGCUGUACCGAUGACAAACUGGAGGAUGUUCGUCUUACGGCGAAUGCGGACAUAGAGUAUAACUGGUUUGAAUAAGAUCACAAUCUCGUCGAAAUCAAUUGUGAAAAAAAAUUAAAAUUUCACAUUUGCAUGCUGAAUUUUUUUUCACAAAAUCAUUCGUACUCUAAGCUGUAUCCAAUAUAUUACUGUACACACUACAGUUUUACGUAACAUAUUGCGACUUUUUCAGAAAAACUGUUUUUUUCGAAAUUUGAUAUUGAAGUUUUGAGGUUUUAGAACUGGAUUUUGUUCAGUUUUUCAUGAAGAAUUUGGUGGUGGUUUCAGUUUGAAGGUUGCAUGAAGCGUUUUAAAAAAAUUGACUGGUCAAUGCUCGUUAUUAAAAUAAAAUCUUAAUAACAUAUUAUUAACAUAUUUUCGUUAAUAACUAGUCAUUUUUUCAAAACGGCUUAUCAUAAAUGAAAACUGAAACCACCACAAAAUUCGUCAUGAAAAACUGAACAAAAUCCAGUUCUAAAACCUCAAAACUUCAAUAUCAAAUUUCGAAAAAAACAGUUUUUCUGAAAAAGUCGCAAUAUGUUACGUAAAACUGUACACUCUUCAAGGUGUUUGUGAAAUUUCAUUUUAACAUUAAAAUGAUGAAAUAUACAAACGAAAAGUU